AUGGCGGAAACCAAGAUAAUUUAUCAUAUCGACGAGGAGGAGACGCCGUACUUAGUGAAGAUACCGAUAGCGGCCGAGAAUAUCACUUUGUUGGAUUUUAAACAAGUAUUGAACAAGCCAAACUACAAGUUCUUCUUCAAGUCUAUGGACCAAGACUUUGGAGUGGUGAAGGAGGAGAUCUCAGACGAUAGCGCCAAAUUGCCUUGUUUUAAUGGCAGAGUGGUGUCGUGGUUGGUAUCUUCAGACACACCAGCUGCAGAGCCUCCAGUGGCUGUGGUCCCACCUGUAGAAACAGCUACCCAGCCUUCACCGCCCCCACCACCCCUGCCACCUCCACCUGCAGAGAGGACCGGGGGCAUCGGGGACUCCAGACCGCCCUCCUUCCAUCCCAAUGCCACGGGCAGUGUAGAAACUUUGGAUGACCAGACUGAAACGGAGUCUGUGGUUUCCUUCAGGAGGGAGAGGCCUCGCCACCGAGAGAGCCUGGAUCCACACGGUUCUCGUAUGAACGGUCAGAACCGGCUGGAGCGCCACCUGGCGGGGUACGAGAGCUCCAGCACGGUGAUGAGCAGCGAGCUGGAAACCACCAGUUUCUGCGACUCUGAGGACGAUGACACUAUGAGCAGAUUCAGUAGUGCAACAGAACAGAGCACGGCCUCCCGGCUUCUGAAACGACAUCGGAGGAGGAGGAAACAGCGCCCCCCACGUUUGGAGAGGGCUUCAUCCUUCAGCAGCGUCACAGAUUCAACAAUGUCCCUGAACAUCAUCACCGUCACCCUCAACAUGGAGAAGUACAACUUCUUGGGCAUCAGCAUUGUGGGACAGAGCAAUGAGCGAGGAGACGGGGGCAUCUACAUCGGCUCCAUCAUGAAGGGAGGAGCUGUGGCUGCAGAUGGACGCAUUGAGCCCGGGGAUAUGCUGCUGCAGGUUAACGACAUCAACUUUGAGAACAUGAGUAACGAUGAUGCCGUUCGGGUCCUCAGAGAGAUCGUCCACAAGCCGGGGCCCAUCAUCCUCACAGUGGCAAAGUGUUGGGAUCCUUCUCCGCAGGGAUACUUCACCCUUCCUCGCAACGAACCCAUCCGACCCAUCGACCCUGCGGCGUGGGUCAGCCACUCUGUGGCUGUGAGCGGCGGUUACCCUCCCUUCCCAGGCAGCUCUUCACUCAGCACCAUCACCUCCUCCUCCUCCGUCACCGAGACCGAACGUUUCGACGACUUUAACUUAUCUCUGCACUCCGACAUGGCAUCCGUGGCCAAAGCCAUGGCGUCGCCGGAGUCCGGUUUGGAGGUCAGGGACCGCAUGUGGCUGAAGAUCACUAUCCCCAACGCCUUCCUCGGCUCUGACGUGGUGGAGUGGCUCUUCCACCACAUCGAGGGAUUUCAGGACCGCCGGGAAGCUCGGAAGUACGCCAGCAACCUCCUGAAGGCCGGCUUCAUUCGACACACAGUCAACAAGAUCACCUUCUCGGAGCAGUGCUACUACGUGUUCGGAGACCUGAGCGACUGCGAGAACUACAUGGCUAAUCUGUCCCUGAACGACAACGACGGCUCCAGCGGCGCCUCGGAUCAGGACACCCUGGCCCCCCUGCCACUCCCGGGCGCCACACCGUGGCCCAUGAUGCACACCUUCCCCUACCAGCCAUACCCCACCCACCCGUACUCCACCCAGCCCCCUCCAUACCACGAACUCACCAGCUACAGCUACGCCCCCGGCAGCACCGGCAGCCAGCACAGUGAGGGGAGCCGGAGCAGCGGCUCAACAAGAAGCGAGGGUGAGCGCCACCGCAGCAGUAAAGGUCCUGGUAGUGUUGUGGGAGGAGGCGAGAAGUCCCCCACGGGCGGAGGUGGAGACGGUGGCGGGGGCGACUCGCGCUCAGGCAGUGGCAGUGAGUCUGAAUACUCCACCCGCAGCAGCCUGAGGCGCGGCCACGGCUCGUCCGCACCCAGCGAGCACAGCCACGCCUCCUCGCGCUCGCACCACCACCACCGCCUGCCCCAGCCGCCCCACAUGUCCCCCUACCCCCCCGGGAUCCUGCCGUACAACCCCAUGAUGGUGAUGAUGGUGCCCCAGCACCCACACCACCCCGCCAUGGCGGCCCACGGCCUCCCACACGCGCAGCAGCUACCCACCGCCCAGAUGCACCCCGCGCUGCCCCCGCCUCCUUCCUCCACACCAGGGGGACCUCCGGGAGCCCCACCCACCCGCGACCUGGGAUCAGUCCCCCCCGAGCUGACUGCAUCCCGCCAGUCAUUCCACCUGGCCAUGGGCAACCCGAGCGAAUUCUUCGUGGACGUCAUGUGAAGUUCCCGCUGGUCUCAGGGGAGGAUCUGCCGGAAUCUUGAGCUCACAUGUACCUCUUGGAUUGGGGGGAGGGGCACUUGGUACAAAUUUGGUGAUACAGGGUUUCAAACGGCAAAGAAAAAUGACACUAGAAUUUAAACUUUAUCAAUAUCAAAUCCAAGAUGGUGCAGCUUUGAACAAAAACGUGUUUAUUUUGAUUCAAAAUGUCCCGGUACCACAUUUUAACAUCAACCUCUCAGCAGGUAAACACUAGAGGGCGCCAGGUACGCGUUGAACUUGAAAAGGAUUCAAUCCUGCAUGAAUUUUUGAUGCACAGUUCCUCACUCCUUUAUAGUUUUUUUAAAGACAUUUUUUACUCUUGGGGUACAUCAGAUAUUAGCUCUUCUUCAGAGAACCUCUCUGUUUUUACCCAGAAGUCCAUUGUAAAGACCAAGCUCCAAUGUGAAGGCAAACAUGGUCCAAGCAUUUCAGGGGAAUGUGUCCUAAAUCAACCUCUCAUGUUUUUUUUUUUUUUUUUUUAAUGUGACUGAAAGGUUUUGAUGGUACCUGUGGUACUUUGGAAAAAAAAAAGUAAAAACCUUGACUGAAAGUGGUACUUUCUCAUAACCUGUAGUUUGUAUCCUAAAUGUGACACAUAUGUCCUCAGAUCUCCAUGCUUAUUUUAUGUUACUGACUUACAUUAUUCACCGUGUUUCACUUUUUGUAUGAGUGAUUAUAUAUAUAUCAUGUGUAACCCAGUUAUUAAGGUGCUAAAUGAAGAGACAACUUUUCACAAUAAAAGAAUAGCCUUGAUAAUGACACAUUGUUUGAUUUCAUUUUGACAUCUUUGCUCGUGUAUUUGAGAAUAAAUUUGCUACGAAGA